AGGAGGAGGGGCCUGUGCUUGGAGACGUCACCCCGGGCUUUAUAAAAGGGAUACGAUCAGGGAGCUGGGGAGAAUUCUGAGCCUGGGAGCCCAGCUGCCCACCCUCUGGACACUCACCCAGCCAGGUGGUCUCGUCACCUCAGAGGCUCAGCCAGACUCCCGCCAGCCCAGGACUGAGGCAAGCCUCAAGGCACUUCUAGGACCUGCCUCUUCUCACCAAGAUGAACUCACUGGUUUCUUGGCAGCUACUGCUUUUCCUCUGUGCCACCCACUUUGGGGAGCCAUUAGAAAAGGUGGCCUCUGUGGAGAAUUCUAGACUCACAGGCCAGCAGCUGGAAUCCCUGGGCCUCCUGGCCCCCUGGGAGCAGAGCCUGCCGUGCACCGAGAGGAAGCCAGCUGCUACUGCCAGGCUGAGCCGUCGGGGGACCUCGCUGUCCCCACCCCCCGAGAGCUCCGGGAGCCCCCAGCGGCCAGGCCUGUCCGCCCCCCACAGCCGCCAGAUCCCCGCACCCCAGGGCGCGGUGCUUGUGCAGCGGGAGAGGGACCUGCCGAACUACAACUGGAACUCCUUCGGCCUGCGCUUCGGCAAGCGGGAAGCGGCACCCGGGAACCACGGCAGAAGCGCUGGGCGGGGCUGAGGGCGCAGGUGCGGAGCAGUGAACUUCAGACCCUAGAGGAGUCAGAGCAUGCGGGGUGGGGGGCGGGGGGGACACAGGGCUAAGGGAGGGGGCGCUGGAGCUUCCAAUCCGAGGCAAUAAAAGAAAUGUUGCAUAACUCA